UAAUAUUACAAGGUGGGGAGGGGGCAGGAGUGGGGGCGGCUGGGUCCGGGUAUGUAUUCUUCAAGUUGCAAAAAUUAAUGAUUUUCCCGCUCAACAUCCUGUUUUAUUGGAUCUAACUAUCCCAUAUGCGAUAAUUUUCCCCCAGAUAUCCUGCAUCUUUUACCUUAAUAUCCCGUGUCCCGUAUUGUGCAGUCGCUCUUCAGGCAGACUUUUUUCAGCUUUUUUUGUGAAUCCGUCCUCGCCCGAGCAGUGCCUUGAGAUAAAUCCCUAAUUAAUUAAUUAAGUCCAGUUACAGUUAGCUCUCCCUUCAACAACUCACUUCAUAUCUUCAUCUUGGUGUUCUGAGCGUAUUUUGUGCAUCGUUCUAGCCAAAAAUCAGAAAAAUUUAUAGGUGUCGUGGGCUGCUCUUAUAUAGCUUAGUGUCCUGUGGUUGUGUUUAUAACAGCGAGAAGCCUUGGACGGAGUGUAGUCAAAUUCAACAUGGAGGACUCACGCAAUAUUAGUGAACCUCUUGCGGCUAAAAGCUCCCAACUAAAUGAUAUUACGACUUCACCAGAAGAAAAUAAUGUGAAAAAAUCUAUAACGAGUGAAGAUAACUUUGUAGGUGAAAAGACAAGUUUUAUCGAGAACGAGAGUCGAGAACAAAAGCCAGCUGAUGAACACACAUCUUUGGAAGUGGAAAAUGGAACGGACAUGUUAGAUCCAGUUUCAAGUGGAGAAAAAAGUGAAACGAGGGAAACGAGUAGUAAUAAAUUAAAUGAAUUGACAACACAGGAACAGUCUACAACAGAAACACCGAAUAGGGUUUCCUUAGAAUCAGAGAAACGCGAAAAUUUGCUCUCUGAUAAUAUUGAUCAGGAAGAGAGUGCUGCUAGUACCAAGGAAAACCAACAAGAAGCAAAUCCACCGGAGCUUUCCCACACCCAGUCUGAAAUUAAUAGCAGUCCCAAGAGUUCACCAGUUGAACAUGACCAUGGAAGUCACAGAUCACCCGACAGAAAGAGCAAGGAUGAAUACAGGAAGAUUAAGAGUGAAGUGACAGGGGAAGGAGAAACAUCAGAGAGUGAAGGCGAAGAAAAAGAUUCUGAUCAAUCUCAGGACACUUGGAUGGAUAUUUUAGGGAAUGGGCUACUCAAGAAAAGGGUGUUACGUCAAGGAAAGGGUCAGGAUACUCGGCCAGACAAGGGGCAACGUGUUACUAUACAGGUUGCUGGCCGUACAGAGGAUGGGACAGGUGUUGAUUGGAACAGCAGUCUCGAAUUUAUCCUUGGAGAAGGAGAGGUUAUUCAAGCCUUUGAUUUAGCUUUAGCUCUCACAGAGCUGGAUGAAGUUUGUGAACUUGUUACAGAUGCCAGAUAUGCUUAUGGAAAAACAGGAAAACCAGACGCAAAUCCACCCAUUCCCCCUGAUGCUAAGCUGACUUACGAAAUACAAUUGCUAGCAGUUCGAGAUGGUCCUAAUAUCAAUACUAUGAGUGAUGAAGAAAGAAUGACCAUUGGAGAGAAGAAGAGAGAAAUGGGUAAUAAUUUGUAUACGGCAGGAGACUAUGCCGGGGCCAUUAACAGUUAUCAAAGAGCCAUUAAAUAUCUGGGAUCAUCCACAUCUAAGGAAGUUCAAAGCUUGAGAGUAAAAUGCUGGAAUAACAUGGCUGCUGCCCAGCUGAAGAUAAAAGCCUAUCCUGCAGCAGAGAAGUCUUGCUCUCAAGUCUUACAAGUAGAUCCUGAUAAUGUAAAGGCUUUGUUCAGGAAAGGCAAGGUUUUAGCAGCUAGUGGAGAUACAGAUCAAGCUAUAGAGCUUAUCAAGAAGGCAGAUCAGUUGGACCCCAGCAAUCAAAUUUCUUUUCAGACAAUUCGAAAAGAACUCACUCGUUUGAAACAAUUACUGGCCUCGGAGAAACGCAGCGAAAGAAGUAUGUACCGACGAAUGGUAGGAGACCUGGCUGGCAAGGGGAGCAAGAAAAAUAACCGAUCGCUUCUCGGAUGGCAGCUUGUGUUUGGAGCCACAGUUGUCGCUCUUGGAGGAAUUCUGAUCGCUGUCUACCUCAGCAGACAUUGAAGCAAUUGAAGCAUAGCUUCUCGAUAGCCUAGCGAUAUAUAGUUAAUAAUAGCGCGUAGGUCCUCUUGUUAAAUGAUCAUAUGUAUCAUUUAUUUAGUCUCCUGCGCAGCUGUUUAUGUAUGGCGCGCAACCCUCGAAAGUGGCAUUGCAAAAGGAUUUUGCAAAAGUAAGUGGCGCGAGUUAUGGACGCGCACGCGAGGAAAAUGAGUGAGUGCGCGCGAGGAAAAUUCUGGUGACUCGCGCUUUAUAGUAACGCUGGUGCCCGAUAUGCAGGCAAAGCUCUGUAUAAGAACAUAAACAAUGGCUGCACAGGAAACUUUUAAUCCUGCUGCUAGUAAAAUAAUUAAAAAAAUUUUGUGCGCGCGAGGAACCCAGUUGCUAUAGACCUUUUUAUCUUGAGUGGUUUGUUUUCCCAUUACAGACCACCUAAAAUUCAUAAAAUUAUUCAUUCAUAUACCCGUGAGUGUAUGAAAAUUUGAAAGUAACAACUUUCCAUACGGAGCUCCAAUAGUUAAUUAUUGACUGUGCUGUGAACUCGUGCUUAAGAGACUAAUCUGUUAUGUCAGUUAGUUUGCCAUCGUCUGUAUUGUAGUCAUUUUGUUUUCACCCACCCCUUCCCACCCUGUGGCCGCAUCACGGGGGGGGGGGGGGAAGAGAGGACGGUUUCGGUAUCGGCUCCUCCCCCUUUGAUGCGGCUCAGCUUUUUUCCCGCAACAAUAAAGUUGAGUUGUAUAUGUUA